AGGACACGCGUAUCACGUGAUUUCACCAGAAAGCAGAUGUAAAUAAUGUGAUGACAUGAUGGGGACAUCUAGUGGUAGUAUGGCGUUAUGUCAACUGGUGGUCAAGCAGGGAUGUUUUGUUUCUGGUAGCAGUUAAAUAAAGUUGUGUGGGGAAGCACCAGCUCGUGUUCACUAUGUAAAAAACAGAACACAAUGGACAUUGCGAAGCAACAACUUUAAGGACACAUUAUAGAGGUAUUUGUUAUGUUGCCACAUUUCAAAAAGCUGUUGAAAUCUGUACAUCUCUGCUAUCCAACGCACUGCGUUUACAUUAUUACUGUUCUGUCAGUCACUCCGUCAUCUUGCAGUCUUGUCUCUGAUUGGUUGUUGUAAAAGUACCAACGUCAUCCCCCCCGAUUUGAAGUCCUAAAUAUCAAACAUGUUUGAUAUGAUCGGGGCGGCCCCGAUUGUUCUCGGAGCAGGUCAGGAUGUUUAAGAUUUGAUCUGUGAAUGCCUCACAUUACGUGAUAAUCUGGACCGAACAUCGACCCGAUCGAAGCCAUGGAUAAGAUUUUUUCAAUGAUUCUCAGGAGGGGAACAUCGGGGUAAGAUCUGAGAAUCCUGUAAUCUGAGCCAGGCUUAAUGAUCUUAUCAGAUUUCCCUGUGGUGUGAUGUGUGAAUGAGAGUGUAGUGAAUGAACCUGAUCAGAAGAACACCGGAGCCGCCCCGAUCGCGAAUCUUAAAUAUUUACGAUCAGAAACCCUGAUGUGUGGGGGAAACCCCGAGGACAAACGCUCAAGAACUCUGUUGAUUGUCACGUGAAACAAAACAAUACCCUAUUAGAAAGCCAGCUGACAGAAGUAUAACAACCGUUGUUAUCACUUCAACAAACCCUUUUCUUUAUUCUGUCAAUUUUCUGUCAAAAGCAUUACAAACACUAUCAUCGCAAUUACGAAUAAUUUCAAUAAAAACCAGGCUAUGUGCAAGUGACGGUAGUGGUUAGAGUCCGAGUGUGCGGAUGCUUUAAGGUGGAACAGAAAAAAAUAGGUCCAGUGGAGCCAGUAGACUCUUUCGGGUGAUCAUGUCAGCAGCUACUGUAUUUUUUUACAAAACUGUAUUAAUAUUCUUUUUUAAUUACUGUGAAGACAUAAAUACAACAAUAUUUGAGUUGCAAUAAAAUUAUAUCUAGUGCUGUGCCACUUUAAAUGCUUUAGACGAUGCUGCUUGAGCAAUUUCUCAAUGAUGAAUAAUAUUUUUUAAAUGACAUAAAACGUCAUAUGUACACAUUUGUUUAUGAACACAUAUAUAAUAAACAAAGCUUACGGUGAAAUAAUAAAUAGCUUAUUCUGAAAUCUCGAGAGAAUUUGCGAGAUUUCCUGUGUUCACAGUCAGGACUCUGUUUGAAAAUCUGUUUGCGUGUGGUGUGCUUUCUUUGUCACGGACGCACCACACAUUAUAGGAGCAAAAUGAUUAAAUCUAGGAUUUUUUCUCCUCAUGUUUGUGGUCUCUCAUCAUUUAAAACUCUUAUAAGAUUUAAAAUCUUAUAAGCAUAAGAGGGAAUUCAUUAACUUGACUAAAUAGUAAACACAAGAGGCCUAAACACGUGAACAAAAGAACACUAAUGCUGCAUUCCACCCAGGACUUAUGCUGCGUUCAAGACACCUCGGAAGUGGGAUAUUUCCCACCACAAAUGCGGAAGGAAUGUCUGGAUUUAGUAACAUUACAAGUGUUUAGUAACAUUAAAACAUUAAUGUUACUAAUGAUUUAGUAGCAUUAAAACAUCACAAGUAUCUGUUAACCUUAAAAGAGCAGCGUUUCAUAAAUUAUUUCCGGGUUAUAGUGGGAACUUACAUAUUACCGAGAGCAUGUGAAUGCAGCAUUAAGACAUUUCCCACCCCAACCUGGAAAUCAUUUCUGGAACUGUGCUCUUUUAAUGUUAAUAAAUGAUUAUAUGCCCAGUCUCACAAACAAGGUAGUGCCAGACUAAAAUGAAAGUUUGAGCUGUCUUAACUGAAAAUAAAUUGCCCUGACAUACGGUAUCUUAAAAUAUAUCAUUGCUUGUUUUGUCUCAAGAUGCACACCAGUAAAGGCAUUUUAAUAAAAGCGACCUAUCCUGAUUUAACUAAGGCAUAGUCCUAGCUUAAGCUAAGCUUUGUUUGUGAAACCGGGCCAUUAUGUUUAAAAUGGACUAAAUCAUGUUUUAAUGUUACAAAAUUUACAUUUAGUCAUUAAGCAGACGCUUUUAUCCGAAGCGACUUACACGUGAGGUAAACAAUAGAAGCAAUACUUUUAAUUUGACUAAUCCAGGCUUUAUUUCCAGGUUUGAGGUGGAAAAUAUCCUCAAUCAGAGGUGUCUGGAACGCAGCAUAGAACGUGACAGUUGAAAUGCCCUUGUUACUGUGACAUCAUUGAUUUCAAUUUGAACUUCCGCUAAACAAUAAACAUGACUUUCUUUCUGCAUAACACAAAAAAUAUAUUUUGAAGAAUGUUGGUAACCAAACAACAUUGGCCCCAUUGACUAUGGACACAAAACCACCGAAACAUUUCUCAAAAUAUCUUCUUUUGUGCUUUAAAUUACAUGUGGGUGAAUAAAUGAUGACAGAAUUUUCAUUUUUGGGUGAACUGUCCCUACCACCCUGAAGACCAUAAAAACAAAGUUCAAAUGGAGAUUUACACAAAAUCAGCUACCUGUGUCCUAAAUGAUCAGGCCUGUAAACAAGGUUUAUAUUUGGUUAUAAAUUUCAGAUUUCUUUCUAAGCAUCAGUCAUUGUCUUCUCUUCUGUUUCCAGCAGGUGUCGAUGUUGCACAGCUCAAAAGUGGUGUGUGAGCUCCUACAGUCUUGUUACACAGGGAUGCUGCAGUUCAGCGCUAAAGAGAUCGUGAACUACCUGACAGCAGCCAGUUACCUGCAGAUGGAGCAUGUGGUGGAGAAAUGCAGAGGAGCCUUGAGCCAGUACAUGCAGCCCCGGAAUCGCAGCCCGAUGACUGUAAAAACAGAAGACCCACAGUCCAUGCCGGUCAUUGUCAGUGGAAGUACCCACUCAUUGGGAUCUAUGUCGCCCCCGUCUGACACGGCAUCAUUACACCCUCACAGUUCUGGAAAGGAUGCUGAACACUCUGUCGUUCACCCCAGAGAUGCCAGUGAUUUGUCGAUGCACCAUGUUAGGGCAUCGGAGCCAUCUGGCCACUUCGAGGGCAGCAGUGAGUCCGACGUCUUUCAGGUGCAGAUCAGCGAUGAACAUCAAGACCCAGAGAAGAACCCUGAUGCUGAGGAUGUCAACAGAGAAUCCAUCGUUGUGUUAGACGACCACUGUCAGGAGCUGGACAUGGGUGGAGAGGAAGCCAGUAUGGAGGGUCGAGCAAAAGGUAACAACGUUCGAGGCGCAGUCCGCCCGUGGAGGCGACGACACGGUGAGCACAGGGGUGGCAGAGGAAGGGGCUUCAAAAACAGAAGACGCUACACUCUGAAGGAUCGCAAGCUUUUGGGGAACUAUCAGGAAGCUUGGCGCUUUCCCACCCCGGAUGAGAUCAUGGGUAACUUCGGAACAGACUUCGGGGCAGAUUACCUCUCCAAUCAGCAUCUCUCGAACAGUUCCCUCCAUGUGGAGUACAGGGUGGCAGAGGGACAAGAUGAGGACCAGGGUCCAGCUCAUUUCGGAGUGGAAGCUUCCAGAGGGGAAGAGGCGAUGGUAGUUGGGGAACCGCAGAACGAGCGCGGCGCACCCGACGAGUCCGUGGCUGUAGUCGGCUCCACGUCCUGCGUAACGGGACCGGUGGUUUGCGAGGACUGCGGACUUGCGUUCUCUUCGACGCAGGACUUGGCCGUGCAUUCCCUGGCGACGCACCAGCUGUACGUGUGUCCGUGCUGCGGGAAGAACUUCAGCCACUCCAGUAACCUCAACCGUCACAUGAUCGUCCACCGCGGAGUCGCCAAACUCCACUGCUGUCCCCUGUGCCACAAGACCUUCACUCAGAAGUCAACACUGUGCGACCACAUGAACCUGCACAGCGGGGAACGCCCGCACGUGUGCGCCUACUGCCACGUGAGCUUCGCCCACAAGCCCGCUCUACGGCGCCACCUGAAGGAGCAACACGGAAGGACCACUGCCCAAAACUACCUGGAGAUGCAGCGAAAUAAUGAGGGUGUGGCUGGAGGUGUCGGGGAAGGGGUUUAGAUUACAGUUAUAGGGAAUUUAGUUACAGUUAAAGUCAACAUGAAAUGAAAUUUUGACCGGUUAACUUGAAGUUCUUGCUCUCGUUGUGUACUUUUCCUGAGUGCACAUUAUUGCAACUUUCCUUUUUGGUUGACAUCACUCAACAGCUUUUUUAGCAUCCUCUUAGGCUUUCAUUGUAAGUAAAUGUAGACUUAAUAAGAUCAGCCUAUAGGUCAAUAGUUCACCAAAAUAUGAAAAUUAUUUUGUAAUUUACUCAACCCCCUUCCCAGGUGUACAUGACUUUUUUUCUUCUGCUGAACACAAAAAGAUUAAACGUCAAUAUGGUGGCACGUCGAAAACACCAAAUCUCGUUUUGAGUUUCGUGAUGAAAAAUACACAAAAACAAGAUUUGCUGUUUUCAUCAGGUUGCUAUAUCUAAAAUUAACUGCACUUAUAGUGCUUAAAGUCCCAGUGAAAUAAAAAAUUACAAUGCCUACUUUUUCAUGAAAAAUUGCAGCGUUUAUUGUAAAUAGUUUAUCAAUGUGGGUCAUUCUCUUUUUAAAAUGUGUGUGCCCUCAUAAUCUUAAGUUAAAAUCUGAAAAUGCACUUCCUUACUGUAAUGACUAUCCAUCUUAAAUGACGUAUGUUAGAUGGCUUGGGCAGAGCAACUUCUCCCCUUCAAUGGUCUGUCUGCUGCCAGUUCCAUUUCAAAAUGCAACGGCUGUUUUUAUACAUCCAAUCAAAUCGCAGAGAAAGAUGACAGCCUAUUUUUCUCAUUCAAAAUUCCAUUUCACUGCGCAAAAAUACGGAAGUAAAAACGAUCGCAACUUCCGGUUCACGGGGACUUUAACAAAUUUACUAGGCCACGUCACAAUCAAGAGAGGAACAAACAUACAAUUUAGAACUUUUAUUGUAAUUUAUCAUAGUCGUUUUUAUACCCAAAUUUAAAGACGACAUGAAAUCAAAAUCGAAAAAUCAUAUUUUUGUUGGAAUAUUGUAGUGUUUUUUUAUGGGAGAUACUGUAUAUUUGUGCACUUCAUAAUUUUUUUUAUUCAACUCCUCUGUAACUGGGCAUCUGAAUAAAAAAAAUAAAGUGCUCUAUUUUUAUGCCGUUCUUGUAAAAGAGUAAAUUUGAAAAUUCAUGGAUUCAACAAAUAUUUUUUAGCAUUAGAAAUGCUACUGGGACAUUUACACCUACUGGUGAUAAUGCGACAUGUUCGCUAUUUUUUUUCUCACAAACGUAUCGUUUUGCUUCAGAAGAGGGUAACAUGACUGGAUUUCUUGAAAGAAUUUUCAUAUUUGGGCAAACUAUUCCCUAAAAGCAGAUAUUCUAAGUAAAUGUAAUAGUUUUCGUCAAUACUCUCAAUGACAGUAGUUUUGAGAAAGAAGCAUUGCCUUUGGGAUGUGUUCAUAGCCGCGGGAGGUGGAGAUGCUGCGGGUGCUGCAGCACCCCCUGGUGUUGAGCAAAAGAAAAAUGGAAACGGUUUAAAGGCAGAGACUAUUUCUACCUAAUACACAGAAAAUACAGCUAUUUUACAACAUUACACCAUUAAACUUAAGUGGCUCGCCCAUGGCACAAUCAUAACUUUUGCCCUGGCAAAAAAAAAUAUAUAUAUCACAGCACCCCCUGCUCAAAAUACGUUCCCGUGGCUAUGGAUGUGUUUGUAUGCUCUCAAAGGUGAACUUGCAUUUCAGCUUCUCAAAAGCCUCCUCAAGUUUUUUUAAGUUGAAUUUCUUAUUUUGUUCAGCUACAUUACAAAAGUCAAAUAGGUUGGCGUUUCAUGUUGACUUUAACAGCAGUGUGAUAGAUAAUGACUACACAGUGGCUUCACAGUGAUACAGGAAGUGUUGCGCAUUAGUAAUAUCACUGUGCGGAUCAUAAUACUGCCAAAGUGUUUGAUUUUUUUAGUCCUGACAUCUUGAAUGCUGAGAGUGCCCUUAUAUUGACAACCACAUCAGAGAAUUUGUGUUUUAGUCCAUUUUAAAGUGAAGGUCACUUACUUCAGGUGAGGAGAAGGGAAGGUCUAGUGCGGGGCUUGUAGAAGGAUGGAUAAAAGAUGACGAGCAAACAACGUGUUCAUGAAUUAGUACUGUGAUGAGGAAAGUAAUAGUCUGUCAUUUUAGCUGUGAAAUGCAAGUGUGUUUUUGUCAUUAUUACAUUAAAAAAAGGGAAAAAAAUGUC